UGAACUUAUUGAUAAAUCUUUGUCACUGCCAUGUUUUAUUUUUUUACUGUAAUUUUCCCGCUUAAAGGCAUGUUCCAUGUUCACAAAACACCCUGUUUCACACCCUUGUUGACUUACUGGAUUGUUGGAUUGACUGGGAUUGAAUUGACCAUAUAUUUGAGGAUCACAUUGGCUUGUUUGGAUUUGGAUUACUAAUGAUUGGAUGAGUAACUGAUUUUGGCCAAUCAGGAAUGUCUCUAUAUUAACCAAUCAAAUUUAGUCCAGUCAUCCUACCCGUCUAAAGCCGCCAUUACUAUUUUGCGCGAUGUAAAAUGUAAACAAAACAGCAAUAAAUAUGCUGGCCAAAGCGAUUUUGGUUUUGAUGUAUUUCCUUUUGAUAUUCUUGGUAGCCAAAGUUCUUGACUUAUCUGCAAACUGGUUGGAACUCAGUUGCGUUGCCUCCCCUCUUUUUAAUCCUCUCGCUGUUAGCGUCAGAAAAUUGAAGAGAUUGUUGGACGAAAGAGGUGUUAGUUAUGUCGGCGUCGUGGAUAAGACCGAAUUAGCCCAGCUCGUUGAAGAAUCGGGAAGUUUUUGCUCGAAUUGCAACUGCAGUGAUGUUAAUGGUAGUCAAGAGGAUGAGGAUGACGAAGUAACGUACUUCCAUAGUUCCUCUCAUUUUUUUGAGAAAAUCGAAGACACGAAGGCGAGCGGAUGGCUUGUCAAAAUCAUUCCAGACUACAGAGGCUCUCUACUAUCAUUGAAACAAUGGCGACGACUAUCGAAGAAGAUGACAUUAUUGGGAAUUAAAGCGGGAGUGUUUGAUUGCGGCUUGGAUCCCCGAUUAUGUGCUAAAAAUGGCUGGGAUGCGAAAUGUCUGCUUCUUUCAUCUCCAGUUGGACAUCAUGCCAAGGGAAAUGUCAAAAUUCAUAUUUACAGUUCCAAACCUUCCGUGGAGCGUGCAUUCUCCUGGAUAAAUAGCAUACUUGGGAAAAGAGUGAGGAAGCUAAAAAAUCCCAAAGAAUAUUCCCAAUACUUGGCAAGCAAAGAGAAAAGUAAUUAUGAGAUGACUAAAUUGGUGUUUUUUGGUCAACUGGAUGAACCACCUGCUCUUUUGUCAUCUUUAUCCAUAAAGUUUAUGGGCAGAGUCAACUUUGCAUACUUCAAAGUGACAAAAAAUAAUGCUGAUAAAAUCUUGGGAGAACAUGGUAGCAAGCGAUUCUGUCGACUGUUGGUGAUUACACCAGAAGGACAGCUUUCUUAUGGAAUGAUGAAAGGAGAGUUUAUUCAAUACAGAUCUCUGGAAACAUUUUUGACAAGUUUACAUCCGGAAGUGAAUGAGGCUUUUCUUUUAACAAUAAUACUUGUCAAUCAAAUUUGUAUAUUGGAAUUGUUUUUAACCUCAGGUGGAAUAUUGAGAAAAAUGGUCAAAUUCUUCAUGUUCUUUGUUUUUGCCAACACGGCGCUUAUGAUAAUUUGGCUUCCGAUUGUUAAAGUGUACCGAUUGGAUAUUGCACAACCUCUCAUAAACAUAAGUCUUCGCAUAUGUCGCUUCAUUACAACCAGCAAUCUGUUAUCACUAGUUAGAUAUUAUUUCUUAUCCUAUUCUAAAUGGUCUUUAUGGUUUCUUAGCUUUUGCAUGUAUGGCUUUGGUUUAAACAGGCUUAAAAGAAAGAUCAAAUAUCUUGAUAAUGAUGAUUCGACAGACUGGUUUUAUGAAGAUUUGAUGUAUUUCAGUAGAUUUUUCAACUCUUUUGGAACAACCAUGGUCUUUCCUUCCAGUUUGCGGCUUAACGAAGGCACUUUCUUCUUGCAUGCAUAUGAAGACAUGCUUAUACAAAGGCUUGCAACUCCUGAUCUAUGGCUUCAACCACUUUUGCCCACAGACUUUGUGAGGGACCUACCUGUUUGGAAGAACUGUGAGUGCGCACGGCCGUCUGAUAGCAGGUUCUCACAAAAAACAAAGGCAGCAUGUGAUGCAAAUUUCUGUAAAUGGUUGAAAAGGCCUGACAAAACAAUCAUAUCAGAAGAAUGCUCUAUUUGCCUUGGUGCCUAUCGGAAAAACUGUAUCAUGGUAUCAUUACCUUGCAAACAUGUUUUUCAUCAACUUUGUUUGGAGAAAUGGUUCAAGUCUGAGCAUCAACUGAACAACCUUAACUGUCCAGUUUGCAGAUGGCCAGCAUAUAAAGCUAAAGCAAGUACACAUGAUUUUCCUACAGCUAAUGGGAACAGUUAAUGGACAUAUAUUAAAUAUACUAUAGAUAGAAUAUAUAUUACAAUUGAAUGGGUAGUCUUCACAGUUACAUAGUGACACUCUAAAUUUACUUUAAAUAAGGCUAACAAAUUCUUUAAUCUGAAUUCACUCAGUUCUUGUUCGGAACAUUACUCUUGCAUCUGGAAUGGACUCUAAUUUAUGGGUACGAGAAAAUAAAUCAAUAUCAAAACCA